AUGGCUUCAAUCACGACCUUGGACCCGCUGAAAACCACCUACACAGCUGUAGUUGUGUUAAUCGUUGGCCUGAUCAUCUACGUGUCCGCAAGCAAGCACCGACCCUAUCCUGGAAUUCCAAUCGCUUCUCUGGAAAACCGUCCCUGGUACAACUUCUGGACAGUUAAACAAGCACAGUAUUCCAUAUAUGGCUCCCGACUAUUAGAAAAGGGAAAGCAGCUGACUUCCGGCUGUUUCCAAGUUCAAGCUGGUGCUGGAUACAAGAUCAUUCUGCCGAAUCGCUUUGCUCGCGAAACCGGAAGUCUCAACAGUCUGAGUUUCACUGAGAUUGGGCGGAGAGAUUUUCACAUCGACCUUCCAGGUUUCGAAGGUGUCAAAGAAGGCUUCAGAGCGGAUGGACUUAUGUUCGAUGUGGUCAGGGUCAAGUUGACUCAGAAUCUUGCUCUUGUCACGGACAUUGUUGUCGACGAGACGCCUCUAGCCUUGCAGAAGCUUCUAGGCGGCAUUGAUGAGUGGCAGACCGUCGUGAUCAAAAACACCAUCCUGGACGUCGUAGCAUGGGUUUCCACUCGGGUCUUCGCGGGAAAGGAACUUGCCCGCGACGAGAACUGGCGACGGGUGUCAAAAGAAUACACCACUUUGCUAUUUCGCAAUGCCCAUGCGCUGCGUAGAUUUCCAGCGCUGAUCCGCCCCCUCAUGAACUGGAUACUCCCCUCUUGCUCAAUGAUGCGAGAAAGGCUACAGGAAUCACGCAAAUUAGUCGAACGCCAGUUGGAGGAUCGUCUCGCGAAAAGGGGCAAAAAAUCGUGGGAUGCUGAAGGUAAUCUAAACAAAGACAUAGAUUGCUUCCACUGGAUGCUAGACCUGGCCAAGGGCCGACCGCUGGACUUUCCAGGAGCACAACUUCAGCUUGGCGUGGUGGCUAUCAACACCACUUCAGAAGUAAUGGUCCGCUGCAUCCUGCAGAUGUGCGACACUCCAGACAUCGUCCCCGCUCUAAGGGAGGAAAUGAUUCAAGUUCUCCGCAAGCACGGCUGGGCAAACUCAUCAUUGUCUAAAAUGAAACUGCUCGAUUCUUUCAUCAAAGAAAAUUUUAGGUUCUAUUCAAUGUGGAAUAGUAAGUUGAUCUAAGACAUAUGCAAAAUCAUAAAGCUGAUCAUAGAAAGCUACAAUGGCUCGCGUUGCGACUGAGAACAUCUUACUGUCUGACGGUACUACAAUUCCUGCAGGCGCGUUUGUGAUGACGAUGAACGACCGACUGCGCGAUCCCGAAAAAUACUCGGACCCUGAGAAAUUCGACGCAUACCGUUUCCUAAAGCUUCGAAGUCGACCUGGUGAAGAGAGCAAUCAUCAAUUUGCCACUGUUACUUCAGACAAUCUAGGCUUUGGCUAUGGUGACCAUGCAUGCGCAGGUAAAGUCGGAUCUACCUCAAUCUUAUGUGACUCGAAAUAUUGACAUCUCACUCAGGGCGAUUCUUUGCAUCGAACGUGGUGAAAGUGUUACUCUGCUUUCUGACUCUGAUGUACGAUUUUGAGUAUGGAGAUGGUGGCGCUCGAUUACCCCUUAUUGAAUUCGAGAACGCCAUAAUGUUGCACCCAGGAAAUCGAGUCCGCAUUCGUCGGAGGAAAGAAGAGAUUGAUCUGAAUGAUCCGACUGUUUCAUGA